AUGGCUUCUGCACGGCCUGCCGCCCGCCUCGCAGGCGACCUUCUCCGACUUGCACCUCGCCGACCUACACCACUAGUACCUACAACACCAACGACAACCGUCUCGAACUCAUGUCGCUCCUUUACGAUACGCACCCGCUUUCUUCACGACCGUGCCUUUUCUGUUCCUACUACGCCGAACCCCAAAAAACCGCCGAAACAUGAUGCUCCUCGAGGUCCAAAGGAUCGACAAACCCGAACCCCUCCCCGACAAGCGCGCGCCGCGCCCACUAGUCUGGCCGUAGGCGCUGGCGUUGCUGUCUUGGCUUCCUACCUCUACAACCGUGAUCGCGAACAUGACAACAAGAGCAAGACAAAAGUUAAGCUCAAUAGCAACCAGACCGGUCGAGACAAGGAUCCAGAUAAAGUACCACUACCACCGCCCUCUCCAGAGGAAGAAAGUUCCCAACGACCCAACGAAAUCACCGACGACCUCCGUGAACCCCUCUCUCGCCCCCGCUACCGCCUCUCCGAAAUCCGAUCCCAGCACUCCUCUACCUCCAACACUCCCUGGGUCACCUACGCCGACAAAGUCUACGACAUCACAUCCUGGGUCGGCGCGCACCCAGGCGGGGACGUGAUUCUGCGGGCGGCCGGUGGUCCAAUCGAGCCGUACUGGGACAUCUUCACGAUCCACAAGACCUCGCCCUACGUCCGCGACAUUCUGGAACAAUACUGUAUUGGGUAUAUCCACGUGGAGGAUCUAGACCCCGUGACAAAAAGGCCAAAGAUGGACAAAAUAGAAGACCCGUUCGAAAAAGAUCCCGAGAGGGAUGAACGGUUGGUGACGCAUACGGCGAAGCCGCGGAACGCCGAGACUCCGUCCGACUUGGUGGGAGCAGACUUCAAGACGGAUGAAAAUGUGUUUUAUGUGCGGCAUCACAUGUGGGUACCUGUUGUGGAUGAUGCCCUAAAAGAGAAGCAUGUUCUCAGCGUGGAGUUGCCGGACGGAGAGACACGGGGCUACACCCUCAAGGAGUUGAAGGAGAGGUUUCGGAGACACAAAGUCACGGCCACGCUGCAGUGCUCGGGCAACAGACGGAACGACAUGACGCGCCACGCGGGCAAAACGAACGGGUUACAAUGGGGCGUGGGCGCUAUCAGUAAUGCGGAGUGGGAAGGCGUAUUGUUAAGGGAUGUGUUGAAGGAUGCAGGGUUGAAGGUCGCCGACCCAUCUACUGCUACUGCCGUUCCGGUCCAGCCUUCUUCCUCCCCAUCCUCCAACUCUGACAGCGGCGACGACAUCCCCUCCCAAAAGGACCUCCAUGUCCAGUUCUCCGCCCUUGAAGCUUACGGCGCCUCUAUCCCCUUGUCCAAAGCCCUCGAUCCUACCGGUGAUGUCCUCCUCGCCUUCGGCAUGAACGGGCGCGCUCUGCCUCGCGACCAUGGAUUUCCUCUAAGGGCCAUCGUACCCGGUCAUGUGGCUGCUCGCUCGGUCAAAUGGUUAAACAAGAUUGUAGUGUCGGACGAGGAGAGUCCGAGCCAGUGGCAACGGAGAGAUUACAAAAGCUUUGGUCCGAAUGAGGGCGCGAACCCGGAUUGGGAGCGGGCGAGGAGUAUACAGGAGAUGCCCGUCACGUCAGCAAUUACGGGAGUUUGGGUAGGGAGUGAUUGUUUGAAGGGCAAGUACCAGAGCGAUGAUAAUAAGCAAAAAGAGACCACCGUCGAUUUGGCGGGUGUAGAUGGGCUGAAGGUUGGGUGCUCCAAGACUGCUACCACCACCAUUGCUACCCCAUCCCCAUCCUCCGUUGAAACCAACCCCCAAAUCCCCAUCACCAUGCAAGGCUACGCCUACUCAGGCGGCGGCCGCGCAAUCGCCCGUGUGGACGUCUCCCUCGACAACGGACGGACAUGGGAUCAGGCAGAGCUGAUUGACGAUUUCAAAGCUAUCGAUGAAGCCUACAAUACCCAACCCGAGUCUCACGCCGGGAUAUAUAACGUGCGAGGUAAUUUGGCUACGGCAUGGCAUCGCGUGAGGAUUUGUCCGGAGUGUGUUACUUGUCCCGAUGGAGAAGGAGGAAGAGGAGGAGGGAAGGGGGUCAAGUGGGUGACGAGGAAGGUGGUUGGGUGUGGGUUUGAGAAGGAGGUUGAGGAGGCAAGGGAGAGGAAGGAGGGACAAGGGAAGGAGAAGGAAAGAGAUGAGAGAUAA